CAAAUGAGUUUGAUAUGUUGAGUUUGGGUCAACAGAUAAUAACCCGCUCGAACCCGCUGGACUUGCACCCUAGUGAAACCCCAAGAGACCUGAAGGCUAAAACCCAGAUCCCCAGAAAAACCCCAAGCUCCCAAAACCACUGUCCCAGAGAUGGCCGCCGCAGCAGCCAGGUCCGUUUUCCGCUCCACCGCCGCCCGAAGCGCGGCGGCGAGACUCACCGGAGGAGUCAAGUCCAAACCAAAACGCACUUUCUCCUCCUUGGGCAUCUCCAACCAGAAGCCACUAUCUCGCCGCAUUUUCAGGUCUCCUGUUGAGAUGAGCUUCUGUGUUGAAUCAAUGCUUCCAUUUCACGCAGCCACUGCUUCCGCAUUGCUCAAUUCCAUGCUCUCCGUCUCCCGCCGCUCUUACGGCUGGACUCCUGAAGAUUGCAAUGAUGAUGUAUGAUGAAUGUCAGACGGUUCGAGCAAAGUUUUAUGUACAUGCGCUCUAAGGCAAAUCCUGAUAUGUUAAGCAUAUUGAAUGAGCUCCAGAGAAGAAAGCUUUCUGUGCUUCCAUUUUUGAGAUUUCAACUUAGCCUAAUGUUCUGAUGGUUUCUAAAUAGAUAAGUUUGCAAUUAACUAUUAUAGACAUUUUUUUUUACUCGUGCCAAAAGCAAUCAGAUAUUAAGUUUGAAUAAUCAGGAUUUGGACCUCAUCAUAUUUUGUUCUUUUAUUUAUUUUUCUGUCAGUAUUAGAUGUUUCUUCAAGUCACACUUCACCUGGUUGGUGUUUAAACAUCAUAGCAGACAAUCAUUGUCAUCAGUUCAAACUUGUUUAAGGGGCUUAAGGUUCUUACUCAUAUUGCCUAUUAUGGUUUUAAGUUAAGGUAGAAGCCCAUGUUUCUGGUCUCCUUGUGUGACAAGGUGGAUUCAACCACCUAUUCUUUUUUCCUGGAAGCAAAAAAGUGCAUUUUUGUAUAAGAGGCUAGCUAUUUGGAGUAAGUCCCUCAGUAUAAUGAAGCCGAAGAAACAUUGUUGGGUGGUGUGAUAUGUUCUGAACAGGAUUGAAAACAAUGUAGUUGCCCAUGCAAGUUAAAUUUCUUAUUUUGUGAAGAUGGUUUCUAUCUUUUAUAGAAUGAGAGGAAUAGUCUAGCCUUCCAACUUGGUUCUAGGGUUUUGGACCUAGGAGGUGAACUCCCUACCAAUACAGCUAAGAUUUAGCCUCUAUUUUUUCUAUCAGUUUUGACAAUGGGAUUUGCUUUGAUUAAGGCUGUGGUUACUGAAUGAACAUAUAAACUUGCAUAUUACCUCCAUUUCUUUUUAUAGUGUAAGUUUGUGUUGUGAAUCUUAGUAAACACUCAACUAACAACUUAUGGUUAGAUAAAUGAUGUUAUUAUUUUGUUAAUCAUUUUUUUCCAUGACUUUUGGUUGCACUCAAUUCUAGUAUCCUCUGUAAGUAGUUUUUUCUUUGUUUUGGUAUUGUAGAUGGAUGAUUAUUGUUUGUUGGGAUGCGGUGCAUUGAUCGUAGUUUCCAUGGAUUUCAAUGGACUUUGUGAGGCCACUGCUUGGAGCAUUAUUCUCCUUCAUUGAAUGUGAAAAUUCAAGGUUAAAGUUGUUUCCUGAGAAUUUGAAACUAGGUAUAAUAAUGAAAUAUAUCAUAAUUUACAUUAUUUUUUUCUUCUCGAAAUUGAAUGCAGUACUACCUUUCAUGAGUUCA